CUUUGUAAACAUGCAGGAGAGUGCACGAUAAAGCAAUCAGCUGCUGCACAAAGUACAGAAUAAUGUAACCGGUAAUGACAACAACCCGGAUGUGUCCGACAAUUUUUGCAUUAUUGCUGGAUGCACGGGAAAUCACGGGCGUUGGUAGCGUGCGCGGGAAGGAAAUCGCCACGGAUUCUGGUUGUGGACAUUUUGAGGGCCAAGCUCCCGAAAUUCCGACAAAGAGCAUACUGAAUUUCGAAACCACGACUGACGAACGCAAGUUGGUGCAACGCUGCAUAUUACACAAUUACCAUCGUUUUCUGUGUGUGUCUUAAGUCAUCCUAAUGCCGUAACAGUGCGACAGCACUGGGCAUUAAAUCUGAGAUGUUUCAAAGAAAUAUUUGGAGGUACGGUUCGGUGGAAGUAGUGGACGCAAAGGGAUUGGCACGUCAUGGAAUGAUUAUCGAUGUGGACAAGGAACGCGACUUCACCAUCGAUUUCGACUACACGGGUCAUCACGCCGAGAAGGUCUCCAACAGAAAGUACAAAAUUUCUCGCGGAGCCCCCUUCACUCACUCCAGUAGCUUAGAGGAGGAUCAGGUGCCGCGUGCACUGUUUCAGUCAAGCCCGGAUCAUCCGUGGUGUUGGCAUCCAUGUACAGUGCUGCUGCAAUCCUUCAGCUUCAGUAUCGUGGAGAUCAACCUCGGUGAUCGGGUGGUGCGAGAUGUUCUACCAUGGAAUAGAUUACGAGUGGUCAAUCCCGUCCAGUGCGAUCCAGGCGGAAUCACGAACCAGUACGUGAAGCACAGCGUCAGACUGCCAGACAGCGAAGGACUGCGUGAUAUUAUGAAACGCAACGGCUUUAAGAGACAAUGGCACCAACAGACCGGUACGAUAUUUGUGAAGACGGAUGAGACGAGGCUAUUCUAUAUCGCGCCCGCCGACCAUGCGAUGACGAGACCUGAAUGUGAUCAUCAGCUCCGCCUAGCAAGACAGCAUUUAGGAGUACAAAAAAUGCCGUGCGACGAUGCCGAAUCCGUCAACCAACUGUUACCGCAAACCUUGUCCGAGAUCUUGUCGUUACUGGAUGUGCACGAACAAGCCAACUGCCGUCGCGUCUGUCGGCACUGGAAUUCCAUCGCGGCAUCCCUGGAAACAGAGUUCGUAGAGAUCCAUCUCGCAAAAUGCCAGGCAGACGUGCUGGCAUCGGUCGCGUGGCUGCUAUACAAUAAGGUCACUAAAGACACCAAGAUUCUGAAGUUCACCAAACAACAGUCAGGUCAGUCGCUUCCCAGCGAUUACAACGAUCGCCUGUUCGACAUAAAUCCCGGCUUUGUUCAGGACAUAUUGGCGAUAAAGAACCUUGUCGUUCCGGUUAUUGCUAUUGCCCACGUCGCUAUUUUUGUGCACAAUCUGUUGGAUUAUUCGGAUGAGCAGGGAAUGAAAAUCGCACAGUGUUUUGGGGAUGUUUGUAACCAGCUGGUGUUGCAGCAGGUGGAAGUUCGUUGCUGGUCGAUAUGGCGGUAUGGCGGACCACUGUUGCCGGGUCUUAACUUGGUUAACGGACGUGUGAUGACGAAAUCGGUAUCAGCGGUUCGGAAAAUGCGGGACUUACUGGACGCUGCCUGUCCCGAAAUCAACCGCAAAAAUCUAAAAUGCCUGAAUGAGAGACUAUGCGAUAAGAGUUUCUACGGAGUAUGGAAGGUGGUACGCAGCUGGCAGUUGGACGAUCCUCGAUUUACAAACUACGAUACAACGCUGCCAGAGACCUUCACAUUGGAAAUGGCUGAGGUUGAUUUAACAUCACUGCGAAGGAUCACCCUGUAUGCGCUGUGGUAUGACCUUAAUAACGACCUCUACGAUUACCGUGGGUACCAUGACGACAAUUGGGAUUUUGGUCACAAGCCGGCCGAUGAUUAUCACCCACCAUCGUGGAGUGAUCCCCUUACUGACGAGGAAUUGGAUUACUAUCCUGAAGAUUACUGCGAUAAAAGUAGACAAGUGAGGACCAAGACCAAGAACAUGCUGCGAAGCCGAAGAAAACUGUGAAGAAUUUGUGUAUGUAUUGUGUAAUAUGGGCUUUGGAAACUCCUAGACGGCUGUCAGGAGCUGACCUUUACGUGCUGACCUUUUACGAUGAAAAUGCUCGGGAGAAAAAAUAAACAAGCCAUUCCAAAAAGAGAACAUCCAGUAUUCUGUCCCAGUUAAUACGACGUUAUUCAUAAUUCUGGAUAACACUUGUCGCCAAGUCAGGGGCAUUGUAUUGUGCGAGGACAGUACACUUGCUAUCGUGAAACACGUGUCGUUGCCGCUGCCACUACUUAAUCAUCCGCGGACUUUGGAGCGUGAUUUUAUAGAAGGAUUAAUCGAAAAAUGUCUUCACAUUAUUGUGUGCGAUACUGUGUUUCAGGGUUGCAUGGUCACUACGCUUACAGAUACAUUCUACGGCCACACCAAACUUUUGCGCUCGUUGUACUCAUAUGCAUACUCGUACGUAGCAAUUUCUCGUCUUUAAUAUUUAAAUUCUUAUAGUCCAAGCAGUGGUGUGCCUCGGAUACGAAAUGUUUUUAAAAAGUAUCUGGUAAUACGUGAAGAAUAAUAGCGGAUUGGCCCGUCAUGGAACAAUCGGCGAUGUAGACAAGGAAGGGGCCUUUACCUUGGAUUUCGAUUUUCGAUUAUGCAGGUCAUCGUGCCUAAAAGGUUUCCACCAGAAACUGCACAAUUACUCACCACGCCUCAUGCACAGAUUGCGGCUGCGGAGACAACGGUGCGACGGCGCGUGUGCUCUUUCAGUCCAUCACCGAUCAA